CGAGGCUAUACGAUGAAGCUGCAGGCGGAUGUACCCAUGGACGAUGGCGUGCGCCGGAUCCAGCGCUUCUGGAACGACUUCGCCGAGGUGUACACGGCCGAGGCCAACAAGACGCUGACAAUCCAAGGCUCGCGCGUCCUGCACGCCCACAUGGACCUCGACACGGCGACGCGGGUGCUCGAAGUCGGCGCUGGCGCCGGCCUCGGCACGGAAGAUAUUCUCUCACGCCUUUCGCCACAUGCGGCUCUUCUUGCAACGGACCUCGCGCCAGAGAUGCUGCAGCGCCUUGAGCGCCGUCUUGCGCCGUACCAGGCGACGCGGAAGAUUGACGUGGCGCUCGCCAACGCUCAGGAGCUGCGGGGUCUUGAAAACGGCGCCUUUGAUCGGUACAUUGCCAGCCUCGUGCUCCAGCUGACGCCGGACCCGAACGCGAUGCUGCAAGAGGCUGCGCGCGUGCUCGCCGAAGAUGGUAUCGCCGGCUUUGUCAUUUGGGGCGCACCCGAGCACAGCGGCGUCGACACGCUUCCAAGCGACAUGGAGAAGGCGUUGGACAUUGGUGGUCGUGGCGCGCUGCAUCCCAACUUUAACCUCGGCUUGCGUCUCGACGAGCUCAAAGCCACGAUCAAGUCGAUCGGUUUUCGCCAUGUCGUCUCGUGGCCCGUCUUGCUCGUGGAAGAAAAGUGGGACGGCGCCCGCAACGCUAGCGCGUACGACGCUCUAGAGCCUGUAACACUGGCGGACUUUGACGGGGACGCGGCUGCUGCGGAUGCCUUCCGAGUGCGCCGCCAUGUGUGCUUGACGCAGCACUCGAACGAGUGGCUCGCGACCCGCGAAAUGCCAAUUGGCCUGGAAGUCUACAUCAUCUUAGCGCGCAAGUAAGGACCAACAGGAAACGCUGUGUCAUAAUUUGAUUUUCUCUGA